AUGUUAACUCGUAUUGAAAGUCCAACUCCAUCAAAUAUAUCUGGACAAAGUUCUUCCACAAAGACACGCACAACUACCUUUGAACAAUCAAAAACAUCAAUUAUCUCAUCCAAUACUUCCGAUAUUUUAUUACAAGAAACUGAAUUUCAUGAUCAAAUUCCACUUGAAUCGACUAGUAUCCACAAGAAUUCAAUAACAAAUCGAUCGCAAAUUGAUUAUAUAAAUCCGACUUUAACAACUAAACAAAAAACAGUAACAAAAUCAAAAAAAUCUAUUCCUAAAAAAACUCAUCAAAAUGUCACAAAAUCAAAUCAUUCAAUAUCAAUUUUUUCAAAAAGCGCUCUACCUUAUUCACGAAUUCAGAACGAUGUUGCACAAAGACGAAUUCGAAAUAUUUCAUCAUCUCAAACAUCAUCAAAUCGAAUCAAUCAAGUUCGUAAUAAGAAAUCAUCAAAUAUUUCUUCAUCAACACCUCAUAAUAAUCAAAUUUUACAUAUACCAAAUUUAUCAACUACUGAAUCACAUUUCUCUCAAUUGACAUCAAAUCCUAUGAAAAAUUCAACUCAAAUUCAAAGUUUCUCAAACCAAUUGAGUAAACUUUACACAUCAAAUCAAACACCAUCUGAUUCGUUUUCUACAUCCAUAAAUACAUACAAUGAAACAACAAAACAUGAUCAUGUCGAACAAUCACAAUUAACCAUGGAUCCAAAUUUCAAUGAAUACAAUUUAAAAACAAGCACUGAUGAUGUUAAUGCUAUAACCAUUCAUACGACAAUAACAAAAUCUGAUUCGAAAGAAAAUUUUAUUCGAAAAUCAGUUGAUAGUCAUGAAAAUGAAUAUUCAUUACAAACAAAAUUACUAAGAUCAUCUGAUGGAGUAAAAAAAUCUUGUAAAAAUCAUCAAAAACAUAUAUCAAGAAUAUCUGAAAAUAUAUUAAAUACACAAAAAUUUAUUUCUCAACCAUCAAAAGACAAUAGUGAUAUUGAAUAUAUUUCAAAUUCGUCUUCAAAUAAAUCAAAAUUCGAUAAGAUUCCAUUAGACAUCGAGUUUAACACAUUAAAUCAUACUAAUGAAACAAAACAAGCAAAUCAAGAUAUAAUAUCUAAACAAUACCAUUCAUACAUUAAUGAAUCCUUAAUACAAGAAACCAAAUUUCGACCAGAAACUAUUGAAUUAUCUUCAAAAGAUAAUCAUAUAUCAUCACAAUAUGCUUUCAAAUCUUCAUUAAAUACAUCUUUAGCUAGUACUGAUAAUUCAUUAAUUUCAACAACAAAACAAAAUUAUAAUUUACCUAAUGAAAUAUCCAAUAUUAUGGAAUAUCCAACAAUAUCUACAAUUCAACAAUCAACGAUAACCAAGACUAAUCCUAAUUUACCUAUUAAACUAAUUACAAUAGAUCAUAUGAGUACAGUUUAUGAAGAAUCUGAACCAUCUACAAACAGUAUUCUUGAUGAAUUAACAUCAUCGAUUAGCGAAUGCAGUAUACAUUUUCUAAAAGAAUUGUAA